CAAAAAUCGAUAGCUUAGUGUGCCACCACUGGAGCUCACAACAAAAUUUCAAAAACUUCGUAACUCAGAGCAUUUCUUAACCGUUUCGGACCUAAAGGAAACCAGUGCCGCUUGCCAUGCAAUGUUAUAAACUGGCCAGCAGGCGCAGCUUAUACAAUGCACGGGUGCUCCAGGCGGAUCACAUCGGGGACCAGCAGCAUCGCCAUAGUCCGGAUCUGGAAACGGCCCGCCAGAAUGCCCAGAUAGUGGUCAUUGGAGCAGGACUCGCCGGCCUAUCGGCAGCCCAGCAUCUUUUGUCGCACGGCUUCCGGCGCACCGUAAUCCUGGAGGCCACCGAUCGCUAUGGCGGCAGGAUAAACACGCAACGCUUUGGCGACACCUACUGCGAACUGGGCGCCAAGUGGGUGAAGAUUGAUGGCUCUCAGGACUCGAUGUACGAGCUGCUGCGCAACACCCAGGGAUUGGGCAAGCAAAUCAAGCAGCCAGAGCGACCCAACUACGUACAGGUGGAACAGGAUGGCAGCCACAUCAAACCAGCCAUGGUGGAACUCAUCGACACCCUAUUCCGGCAGCUCUGUCGCGGAUUUAAGCUUUCCGAUAGAGUAAAAUCCGGUGGAGACCUGCAGUCGCUGGACAAUGUAAUGAACUACUUUAGGUCCGAAAGUGAUCGCAUCAUUGGCGCCUCCUUUCAACAACCAGAAGAUCAGUUGGCGGCACGCGAGAUCUUCCAGUCACUGUUUAAGGAGUUCGGCAGCAUCCUGGGCUGCUGUCUCGAGUAUGUCAAUAUCGAGCACAUAACCAAGUGUCCAGUGCAGCAGGAGCAAAGGCCGCUUUAUGUGCCCACCGGACUGGACAAUGUGGUCGAUGAUCUCAUCCAUCAGUUGGACAAGGAGCAGGUGCAAACCGGCAAGCCAGUGGGCCAGAUACAGUGGACACCUGCGCCAAUGAAAAGUGUGGGCUGUCUGGAUGGCAGUUUGUACAACGCUGAUCAUAUUAUUUGCACCCUGCCACUGGGCGUAUUGAAAAGCUUUGCGGGCAUCUUGUUCCGACCCACGCUGCCGCUUGACAAGAUGCAGGCGAUUCGUAACCUGGGCUUCGGCAAUCCACUGAAGAUUUAUCUCUCAUAUAAGAAACCCAUUGUACGCUGGCUGAAGGGAAACCUACGGCCCCUGGGAAUGCUGGUGAAUCCGUUGCUCGAUCAGCAGGCGGAACGCAACUGGACGCAGCAGGUGGUGGAGAUCAGCCAGGUGCCCAGCAGUCAGCAUGUGCUGGAGGUGCACGUGGGUGGCGGCUACUACGAGGAGAUCGAGAAGCUGCCCGAUGACAAGCUGCUGGAGCAAAUCACCGAGCUAUUGAGGCGUUGUAUAAGCAAUCAUCUGGUUCCUUAUCCGCAGGAACUACUGCGGUCCAACUGGAGCACCUCCGCCUGCUACCUGGGCGGUCGUCCCUACUUCUCCACCAACAGCAGUGCCCGCGAUGUCCAGCGUUUGGCUGCUCCACUCGGGGAGAGGUCACCAAGUUUACUUUUUGCUGGCGAUGCGACUUCGCUGAAGGGUUUUGGAACCAUCGAUGCCGCAAGGUCCAGUGGCAUACGCGAGGCACAACGCAUCAUUGACUUUUAUCUGAAUAGCAAGCACUGCGUUUAAAAAUCAAAAUUGGCUACAAAAUAUUGUACAAAGUAAGAGCACAGAAACUCUAGUCAAAAUUUAUAGUAAUAUUUUGUUGUAUUUUUAAGCAGAAUACAUAUGUUUUAAUUAUGCGUAAAGCGUUAACAAUAAAAGCAUUAACAACAUCAA